AUGGAUGCCGACAAAAGAGAAUUAGAAGAUGAAGCUUCAGGCACGCAAAGCCCAGAAAAACUGAAAUCAAAAUUUCUAGUGCCGGGAAGAGGAAUUUUGAAACAACGAUUUGCACAAGGAGACGACCAAAGGGAGAAUGUAACGAUAUCAAAUAUUCCCGAUUCAGGUAACUCGCAGGUGCAAGACAACUUGGAUCAAAAUAAUACAACCUCGAGGAUAAGCACCACACGGUUACAGUCAAAACUUGAUCGCAGGGUAUCCUUCGCACCAGACGUGACACUUCACAGAGUUGAUUUUGUGCCCCAGCAUCCAGACACUUUUAGAGAGCCUCGAAGGAAGCCUAAUGUCAAUAUUUCAGCGAAGAAUGCAUUGUCAAAUAACUCAGAAGGCAUAGAUGCUGCUAAUAGUAUGGAAUCUGCAGAUGAUGGCGGAAGCGCCGUUUCACUGGAUUUGGUGCGCACUCAAAAAGACCCAUAUACGCCUGUUUUUGACAAAGAGGUUUCAAUGGAAAUCACACAAUUGUUUUCAAAACAUAGUGCAAGGCCUGACAGCGAAAUUAAGAGCCCCGAAGGCCAAGAAGAUAUGGAGGUUACCAAACUCCACAGAGAGGCGUCAUCACAAGAUCACGGAGGGCAUAUUGUUAUUUCAGCAACAGUCAGUGGUGGUGGAAUUGAACAAGACAUGGAAUUCACUGAGUUGCAAAAUGCUGCCGCAGAACAUGAGAACGAUAGAGAUGUCACUGCACCGGGUGCAGUGCCCUACUUCCCAGCAGCCAAUGAACAAUCUAAUAACUCUACCACAAACUCAUCCAGGAGCAUAGAGAGAGAUCUGUCCGACAUGGAAACAACAGAACCUCUCAAAUUGCUAACUACAACCAGAGAGCAAGGUGAUAAAUUGCAGGCGAUAUCACCAGCUGAAGCGUCUUGGCAGAUGCCUCAGCAAAAUCUUGCCGGUCAAAAUGACCGAGAGAUCUUGGACAUCAUGUCUUCUCAAGUGGUAACCUCCACACAGCUACGAAGUGGGUCAACUGAACAGCUGCAGCCAGAUACUGAAAUUGAGAAGAAGCGUUCCUUUCCAGAAGCGUCGUUGAAACGAAGAAAGAUUAGUAGCGAUGAGACGGUACGCAGCUCUUCUUUCGUAGGUGGGUCUACUGUUGAUGAUGAUAUGGACUUAACAAUGAUGGAAAGGCUGUCGCCAAUCAAUAUUUCAGCAAAUUUAGAGCACGAGGUUGACAUGCUGCGAGGUGGAAAGUCUUCUGGUUUGCUAAGUCUGAAGGAAAAGGUCCAAAACGAACCCAAUUCAAUAGCUUUGAGUACAUUCUUAAACGCCGUUGGAAUGACCUUUCCAAGUCAAGAAGAUAACUUUGAGCGAUUCACCAAACUAGCAUUUAAUGUUGAAUCUGGAGAAAUUAAAUGGCCUGCUGUUGAGAUAUACAAUAUCUUGUAUGCAGACAUGCCCAUUCUUGAGAUAUCUGCCUUCUGCUGUAAGGAGUUGUUACUGAGGGUAGAGAAAUCUAGACGAUUGUUUCAAGAAGUGGAGGAGCAAGUAUCACGCAAUCCAUCACCAGCGCUGUUUAAAAAAUAUUUCGACUCAACCCAAGCGUCAAGGGAGACUAUGAACAAUCAAAUUAUUCUGAUUCGAGACUACUCAAAGCUGCAAGCCCUGAGAGUGUGGUUUGAAUGGAGGUCUAUGCAUCUAAAUGGAAUAAAAAGUGUUCUAAAAGAGAACUUGAUGGUCCUCAGAAUUGAACUGGAGACUAUUUCAGCACGCAUUGACAAAAUCAAUACAAUCAAUAAGAAGGUUCUCGAAGUCAAGCAAAAAAUCAUUCGGGAAUUACACCUGUCAAAGGAACAAUUAAAAGCCCCAAGUAUCAAUCCAGCUAUCCCAGAAAGACUGAGGAUAGAGAUAUUGAAAGCUGAACUGAAAGUAGAAAUACAAAAUUUGAAAGAAAACUCUCAAAUUGUCCAGAGAGUAGCAAGAGUACAAGCCGAAAUAGAUGAAAUUCAGCAUAAGAUUGCUCAAACACAGAAACAUAUCUCAUUGCUAAGUUCGAAAGUUAGGAAAACUUCAGCGUUCGCCAAACACGAAAUACCAAAGCUUGAAGCCACCUUUCGAAUGAUGCAGUCCAUAUCAGGUGUCUCACUCAAACAGUAUGCGGGAGCUAGGCUGAAUAUAGAAUUGAGUGAUUCUAAUAUCGCCCUCAGCUUAGAUGUCAAAGAAAUUGAUACUGUCGAUGAAAUAGACGUCUUUCUUCCAUCUUCGCUAGACGCAUUGUCUCGCGAGCUGUACAUGCGGUCCGUUCAACAAGCUCGACACUCCAGCCAAAGCGCCAGUCAAUUUGUGGCGGUUCUUCUCAAAGAUUCAUUCAAAGUGCGCUACUUGCUAGCUGAGCACAGACGCUUGCAACUAUUUUUUCCGUGCAGAACUAGGUGUUCCAACGACGGGUCUGUUUCUAUCGAAAUUAGGUUUUUCGAUAUGAUCGCCAAGAAGUGCUUAUUUCUGCACUUACCGUUGAGCGAAUUUGUUUCUGCCGUCAAAGGAGAAUUCAACAAAAAUCCGCAGCUACAUGCGAAUGCUCGCACAUCAGAGAAGCCAAACCUGGAGGUUGCACUGGCCCACUUCCGAGCAAGAGCAUCGCCAGCGAUACCUUGGCUGAAGGAAGCACUGUUUGUCUGA